GUUCUAAUAAAAAUAAUAACUCCAAAAAUAAACAAAAAUCAAGAAAAUGGAAAAAUCACAUGAAAAUGUUGAGGCAUUUGGAUGGGCAGCUAGAGAUACUUCUGGGGUACUUUCUCCUUUCAACUUCUCAAGAAGGGUGACUGGUGAAAAAGAUGUGCAAUUCAAAGUUAUGUAUUGUGGAAUUUGUCAUUCUGAUCUUCAUCAACUCAAGAAUGAAUGGAGCAAUAGUAUAUAUCCAUUGGUACCAGGGCAUGAAGUUGUUGGUGUAGUAACUGAAGUUGGUAGCAAAGUUGAGAAAUUCAAAAUUGGAGACAAAGUUGGAGUUGGAUGUUUAGUAGGAUCAUGUAGAAAAUGUGAAAAUUGUAACAAUGAUCUCAAAAAUUACUGUUCCGAUAUGAUAUUGACGUACAAUGGUGUUGACACCGAUGGAACCACCACGUAUGGUGGAUACUCGGAUAUAAUAUUAACGAAUGAGCACUACGUGGUCCAUUGGCCCGAAAAUUUACCAAUUGAAGCAGCUCCCCUGUUAUGUGCAAGGAUCACAACUUAUAGUCCUUUGAGAUAUUACGGACUAGAUAAACCUGGAAUGCACAUUGAUGUUGUUGGUCUUGGUGGUUUGGGACAUAUGGCUGUGAAAUUUGCUAUGGCAUUUGGAACCAAAGUUACUGUGAUAAGUACAUCUGUUAGUAAGAAAGACAAAGCAAUUGAUCGCUCGGGGCGUGACAAUCGUUUAGGGGCAGACUCGUUUUUGGUCAGUCGUGACCCUGACCAAAUGCAGGGUGCAGCGGGGUCACUAGAUGGCAUCAUCAAUACUGUAUCCGCGAUUCACCCUCUUCUUCCAUUGAUUAAUUUGUUGAAAACUCAUGGGAAGCUAGUGAUGGUUGGUGCCCCUAAAAAACCACUAGAGUUGCCUGUAUUUCCCCUGCUUUUAGGAAGGAAGCUAGUGGCGGGGAGCGCGAUAGGAGGGAUGAAGGAGACGCAAGAGACGGUAGAUUCCGCGGCAAAGCAUAACAUAACGCCAGAUGUUGAAGUUGUGCCAAUGGACUACGUGAAUACAACAUUGGAACGCCUUUUGAAAUCGGACGUGAAGUAUCGUUUUGUGCUUGGCAUUGGCAACACAUUGAACAAGAGUUGAGAUGAGGGGGACAUUUUGGUCAAGAAAAUGAGUGUGCUAUAGGGUUAUGAUUUUGUAUUAAGCUUGUACGUUUUGUUGUUUAGUUUAUUUCUUAUGUUUUGUGUAUCAAAAGGAAUAAGGAGUUAAGAGAAUAAAUAUGAUAUUGUGUUUUCUAGUA